UUGAUUAGUAUGUUUUAAUUGAUAAAACAACAAUGGAUAUAACGCAUUGUGCGUCAACAAUUGUCUUCCUUACUUUAUUUGUGUCGUCACAAGCCAACAGAGCGCCAUAUUUCAUGAACGUUUGGUCCUGGGUAAUAAAAGAGAAUGCACCAGUCGGUUCACGACCCGCUUCCUCAUUUUCCGGAAACGAAAUCACAUUAUCGGGCUCUGACCCCGAAGGAAGGCUUUUGACCUACGGAGUCAGAGGUCACACCGGGAAAAAGUUUUUUACUGUCGAUGCAAAAACGGGAGUGGUGAAAAUACAAAGGACAUUUGACUAUGAGGUGGAUACCAAAUACAGAGCAAAAUUCUUCGUUUCUGAUGGAGUCAAUGAGGACGAACAAGAGGCGGAAAUCACAGUUAUAGACGAGAAUGACAACGCCCCGAUCUUUGAACGUUUCCCGUUCGAAACCGAAGUGACAGAGGAUCAUCAUGUCGGGGCUGAAGUUCUUGUCGUCAACGCUUCUGACCCUGACACUGGUCCUGGUGGGAUUGUAAAAUAUUACUUGGAAAAGGUGCACAACCUUCCUUUCUCCCUGGACCCAUCAACGGGCUCACUGCGCCUGCGCAGAAGACUUGACUUUGAAGACACCGUGAUGUAUCAGUUCAAGGUCAUCGCGAUGGACCAGGAUCGUGCAAAACCUCUGACGUCUGUGGUUCCCGUCAUUAUCCGAGUGAAAGACGUUCAGGACACAAGUCCCGUGUUCCAAGGAUUGCCUUAUGGUAUCACAAUACCAGAGGAUACACCAAUGCGUUCAAGGAUUCUUCAGAUUCAUGCAGUAGAUGGCGAUAGAGGUACUCAGAAUCAAAAUGACAUUGUGUAUUACAUCGUCAAGGGUAACGAUGACGGCUACUUCAUGCUCGUCGGAGGUGACUUAAGGAUUGCGAGAAAUUUGAACCGAGAUGUCGAGGGAUUUAGCGGAGUUCACACUCUGACAGUUAGAGCCAUAGAGAUCGGAACCCGAGCUUUCACAGAUGUGACGUUUGACAUUAUGAUAGCAGAUAUGAAUGAUGAAAUACCGACAUGGGAUCAAAAGAAAUAUACAACAUCAGUACGAGAAGAUACGCAGCCUGGUACUAAGCUGGUAGACUUGGGUGUGAAAGAUUUGGACCAAGAAGAAAACAGUGAAAUGACAAUAUCCAUAGAUUCAGUCAAUGCUCCAUCAUUUGCUGUGACACCAGUAAUAUGCCGUGGCAUCUGUGAAGUGUCACUAAUUCUGAAGGAGCCGCUUGAUUACGAAGAUAGAAAGAGGAUACAUUUGAAGAUCUUUGCAAAUGAAACCCGAAACACCUCGCACUACUCUGCAGUGGAUGUCAUCAUAAAUGUUGAGAAUGUCAAUGAUAACAAACCGAUGUUUCAGCAACCUGUGUACAGCAUAGAAGUCCCUGAGAAUACAACCAUAAGGUCAAACAUUCUCCGGGCAGAGGCAUUUGACAAGGAUGAAGGGAAAUUUGGGGAAUUGUAUUACUCUAUCUCUGACUCAACACAAACGUUCGCUCUCGACUCCGACACUGAUUACAUUGUCUUGCACAAAGCAUUGGACAGAGAGAAGAUAUCCCAGUACAUCAUUGUGAUUUCGGCAUCUGAUAGUGGCUCUCCUUCCUUUCGUGCCAUGGCAGCAGUUACAAUCCAUGUCACAGAUGUUAAUGAUGAAAUGCCACAGUUUGAUGCCACAAAUUAUGCGGCAUAUGUCACCGAAAAUGAAGACAUAAAAGAACCGAUAGUUGUUGUCAGGGCUUUUGAUGGUGACGCUCCUCCCAACAAUGAAAUUAAUUAUGACAUCACAGGGGAUCGUUUCAGCAAAUAUUUUAGAAUCAAGACAACAGCAGAGGGAACUGGAGAAGUAUUUCUUAGAGGACCUCUUGAUUAUGAGCUGAUUAAAGAUGGUCUUGUGAGACUUGAUAUUGUUGCUACGGACUCGGGAGAACCCCCUCACAAUACGACAGUGCCUCUAGUGGUGACAGUAACUGAUGUGAAUGAUAAUCGUCCAAAGUUUACUGAAGAUUCAACAUUUAAUAUUACAGUGUAUGAGAAUCUUGAUGGCGGAAUAAGAGUUGGCGGAAUAAAAGCAACAGACCGUGACAGUGGAAGGAACAAGAAAAUUAGAUAUUUUGUGGAAGAAGGCAGGAAUGAGUUUGAUGAAGUGUUUCGGUUGAAUGAUUUUACUGGUGACAUUACAAUUAAGCCUGGUUCCUCCCUUGAUUAUGAGAAAAAAUCACUGUAUGAUGUCAUUAUAGUUGCUGGAGAUCAUGGAACACCUCCGUUAGCAGUAAAGCAUCAACUCCUUAUAACUAUACUGGACAUGAAUGAUAAUUCGCCAGAAUUUACUCAGGAUAAAUAUGUCGUGACAUCUCUCGAAGGCAUGGCAUCUCGUGUGGCAUAUGUCACUGCCACAGAUGAGGAUUCUGGGAGGAAUGGUGAAAUUGUAUAUGAAAUAACUAAAGGCAAUGAAGAUGGAACUUUCAUGAUGGAUCCCAGAACAGGAGAUAUUGUUUCCAUAAAACCAUUGGAUUAUGAGUCAACAAAUGGUGUCUACAAACUCAUUGUGAUGUCAACAGACCAAUCAGAAGAUGUAGAAGACAGGUUAUCUUCUGUGGCAGAGGUUAUAAUACAUGUAGUUGACGUCAAUGACAACCCACCAGUUUUUGAAAUCAGUGAACAGUCAAUGGUUUAUGAUGUCAUGGAGGGAAUAGAAGGACCUCGGAUCAGUCGUUUUGUUGCCACGGACGCGGAUUCCGGAGAAAAUGGUUUUGUUACUUACUCCAUCUGUAGUGGAAAUGAAGAAGGAUUUUUCUCCAUCUCCCACUCAGAAGGAAAUCUUCGAGUUCAUAAAGGAAAACAUCUGGACAGAGAAGAAAAUGAAUUUUUCAACAUGACAGUCUGUGCAAUGGAUUCUGGGAUUCCAGCUUUGAAUUCAUCUUUGGACUUUUCAAUUCGUGUGAUUGAUGUGAACGACAACGCUCCCAAGUUUACAAAAUUUCAUCAUUCGGUCAGAAUAGCAGAAAACACCAAUGUUGGGUCUGUCGUAACCAGUGUCCUUGCAAAUGACCUUGACAGUGAGGAGUUUGGGAAUGUGUUUUAUAGCAUUGUGGAUGGUGACGGAACAUUUGUUAUUGAAAAAUGGACUGGUGUCAUUCACCUGGCAAAAGGUCUUGAUCGAGAAACCAUCUCUGAAUAUGACCUUGAAAUAAUGGCCAAGGACAACCCAAGAAAUGCAGAGAAUUCAAGACAAACUACUAGGAUUAUGAAGAUCAUUGUAUCAGAUGUGAAUGACAAAACCCCUCGUUUUGUUGGAAAAACUCCAUAUCGCGCCCAUGUGGAUGAGAAUUCAAAACCUGGAACUGUGGUGACCAUUGAGGGUGAUCUCAUACUUGCACUUGAUGAAGAUAUUGGGGAAAAUGCAAUUGUGACAUAUACAAUGGUCAGAGAUGAUGUCACAUUCGUCAACAAUUACGUUGGCAGUCAAUGGUCUUCUUUCUUUGCAAUCAAUGGAAGCAGUGGAGAGAUAUCAGUGCUUGUGGAACUAGACAGAGAAGUGCUUGCUAGUGAUGCGGUGACUCUUGUGAUCCGAGCAUCUGAUCGAGGGGGCCGACAUUCUGAUGUCAAUGUCAUUGUGACGGUCCUUGAUGUCAAUGACAACCCUCCUCGGUUUAGAACCAAUAAAGUGAGAGUGGGAGUGAAAGAAGAUAUAAAACAAGGCUCGGAAGUAACUCGUGUCAUCGCAACAGAUCGAGAUAUCGGAAUGAAUGGAAAGAUCAGAUACAGAAUACAAAGUGGAUCAUUUGAUAAGUUUGUGAUUAACCAGGAAACAGGCAUUUUACGUGUGGCACCUGGACAACUGCUUGACAGAGAAACAAAAUCUGAUUAUACUAUCAUAGUAGUCACUUAUGAUAAAGGCACUUUGACAUCACUGUCAAGUACUUGUUCUGUCAUAAUUAAACUUGAUGAUGUCAAUGAUUCAAGACCAAAGUUUACAGCCUUAUCACAGAUUAUCAGUGUUAAAGAGAACACUGCGCCCGGUACAGUCAUCAUACAAGUGGAAGCUAUAGACCCAGACCUCAACCAUCGUCUGCAAUAUGAACUUGUAUCGAUUGAUGUUUUCGAUGCUCAUGGGCGCCAACUAAUGGCUACUGACGAUCCAUCAAGCUUUUCAAUUAGGAAUUUUCAAACUGAUGAAUAUGAUGUUAUAAGAAACUGGUUUGAAUUGAAUGAAACUUCAGGAGAGAUAAAUGUUGCGGCUUCCAAUAGAAAUUCCAUUGAUCGUGAACUUUGCUCCCGGGUUCAAAUGUCAAUACGGGUUCGUGAUCUUAGUUCUGUUGAUGAAGAAAACGCAGAAGCAUUGCAAUCGGCUUCAGUAACUAUCACAAUAGAGGAUGAAAAUGACAAUUCACCAACAUUUGUGAUGUCAUCAUCACCGAGCAAUGAUGUCAUAAAACUUAAUGAUGAAUUGAUUGUCAACAUCACAGAAGAAACAGCAAUUGGAUCAAUUGUUAUCAACGUGAAAGCGAUUGACCCGGAUUCAGGAAACAAUGGAGAGGUUGUUUAUGAUAUCAUAGAGGGAGAUAAAGUUCAAAUGACUGAUCAGAAAUCAGGAACGAUCUUAGUUGCAUCUCGAAUUGAUCGAGAGAGUCUGGCGACACCAAGUGGUACAGCAUGGGUAAACACGACAGUUUUAGCAAGAGAUCUUGGAUAUCCGGAAAGCAGAUCUGUGAAGCUUCGAAUUGCAAUGAGAGUGGAGGACAUUAAUGAUAACGAUCCAGUGUUUCGACUCAAAAGAUAUAAGGCUUUGAUUUUUGAGAACAAAACGAUAGGUUCGGAGAUUAUCACUGUCGAUGCAACUGACAGGGAUUCUGGCAGUUUUGGAAAAAUUAUUUAUGAUUUGAAAGGAGGGAAAAAUUACUUCAAGAUUCAUCCUAUUUCGGGUGCAGUUCGUCUCCUACGGCAACUAGAUUAUGAAGAAACAUCAAAAUACAAAAUGGUUGUCACGGCGACAGACAACCAGGGUGGACCAGAACAUGAGAGAAGAGAAACGUCAGUUGAGCUGGUGAUAAACGUCAUUGAUGUGAAUGACUGCCCUCCAGUGUUCAUUGAUCCUCGUACUCCGAGAACAUACAGCGUACAGGAAUCCGAAGGUGUUGGAUCACUAGUUGCUGUGGUAACUGCAAAAGAUCCAGAUGAGGGCGCUGGAGCAGAAAUUACCUACUCCCUGCUGCACAGUAGAUUCUCAGGAUUCUUCAAAAUCCAUUCAUCGUCAGGUCAUGUGACUGUUAAGAAAUCUCUUACAGCUCUCCCACGCAAUCUUGAGGAUCCCAAACUUGAAGUACUUGCCACGGAUGGAGGAGGAUUGACGAGCAAUAUGACUAUUCUUAUAGAUAUCGUCGAUGUCAAUGAUCAUGCUCCUGUGUUUAAAGAACCUGAUGGAAAAGAGAUUUUUAUUCAUGAGGAAGAACCGGCCGGCAGUUCUGUUGGUUACAUGUUAGCAGAAGACACUGAUUCUGGGUUGAAUGGAAUUGUUCGAUAUAGCUUCUGUGAUGUCACAGAUGAUCAAUCAUUUUUCAUUGACGAGGUCACAGGAAGAAUAAUUACUGCUAAAAGACUCGACAGAGAGAAGAUACCAGAAUACACACUCAAGGUUUGUGCGGUCGAUCUUGGUUUGCCGCCUCUACGAAGUGACGCUUCAGUGACCAUCAAAUUGCUGGACCGUAACGACAAUAAACCUGAGUUUAGAAAGUCGAGCAACAUUGAGAAUGGAGGAGGAGCUCAUCAAACAAUUCAUGUGAGGGAAGACGCCAGAAUUGGACAGAGUAUUGGUCAUGUGACACGUGCAACGGACCGUGACAGUGGCGAGAAUGCUCAUGUUUACUACCACUUGUUGUCAGUAUUGAGCAAUGAUCAACCUGUCGAUCUCAGUAUGUUCUCGGUGCAAACGCAAAGUAGGCAAAUUAUUCUGGAGAGAUUGUUAGACAGAGAAAAAAUAGGAAGAUACACUUUGAUAAUCAAAGCUACAAAUGACGAAAACUAUUCUCGUCCCAUGCCAAUCAUUUCUGAUUCACCAGUAGAGGACACUAACGGUCCACCUCUGGUUGGCGGGGGAGGGAAAGACAAGAAAGCUGCGGUUGUUGUCAAGAGAAGCUUGGAGAAUCUCGACAGCCUUGUUGGUGGUGGAAUUUACCCUGCAAAAUCUUUUAAAUUACCCGAAGAAGGUGGAGGGCUUGGUGACAUCACAGAUACAAUUAUGGGAUCCAAAGCCACUGCUUCUCAGAAACAGGACAAGUCUUUACCCGGCGGUUUGAUUAUGACAUCAGAAAGUUCUGACAAUAUGGUAGCUGUGAUGUCACCAUCAGCUCCUAUUACAUCCCAAUAUGAUCCAUCCGAUGACCCCAGUUUGAUUGAGGUUGCCAUAGUAAUUGAUGAUGUCAAUGAUGAAUGGCCAGUGUUUGAGAAGAAAAGUUAUGUGACGGCAACCGAUGUCCAAGCAAAGCCUGGAACCGAAGUCUUGAAGGUUCUCGCAACUGAUGAUGACAUAGGGAAUAACAGCAUUGUGACAUACACAAUCACCAAUACAUUGUUGCGAUCCCAUGACAACAUCACUCAGCAAUCUGUAUUCGGAGUAUUCAGCAUUAAUAAGCAUGUAAUAAGCACUGCACGGCCGUUAGAAGAUUAUGGGGAAGGAUACUUCAAGGUUGAUGUUGAAGCAAGUGAUGCAGGAAACCACCAAGCUAGAACAUCAGUUUACAUCUACAUUCUGCAAACUACUGACAGAAUAACUUUUGUUGUAAACAGCCCUCCAAGUGCUGUCAAGUUUCGCAAAAAUGAGUUUGUUGCAGUUUUAGGAAACAUUACAUCAUCACGAGUCAUAGUUGAUGACAUAGAAUAUCAUCUCAUGCCUAACGGCCGCCGUGACUACCAGAGGAGUGAUGUCACAAUACGAGCAUUUGAUCAACAGACCAUGAAGCCUAUGACAUCAUCCGAACUUCAAGAAAAAUUAGAGAAAAGUAAAAAUAAAUUGGAAAAGCUGUUUGGGAACUGUGCUGUGAUACAGAAUGAGACUAUGAUGAAUGAUUAUGACCUCACAAACCUGCGCAUUGUUGUCAUAGUGAUGUUAUUCUUCCUACUUUUGAUCAUUCUUUUGUUUUCUGGUCUCUACUGCCACACGCAAAGAAGGCACAGGCGUGAGCUUGAAGCAUUUGCAUCCGGUACGUUAGGCCGACAUAAGAUGAAGAUUGCGUCCCACGACUUACUGAUGCAGUCGGGAAGCAAAGUCUAUUCAGAUAUGGGAACUUGUUCCAGUGGGGGAUGGAAAGAUGAAUUCUAUAGAAAACUUGGACAAAAAAUGGUGGAAGACGAUGAAAGUUUAUUAGAGGAAAUGACUAAAGUAACACCUGUACCGGUGACUCGUGGACUUUCCAGAUCGUCAAUCACUCCUCAAACCAAACCAAGAAGCCGGUCUGAGAAUGACCAAUUGAGAGAGAAGGCUCUUCCACGUACAAGCACUGAUGUUUGGGUUCCGAAGCAGCAAGAUCGACUCAGUCAGAAGUUUCCUGUCAUAUCAUCAGAGGCAUUGCAGCAGUUACUAAAGGAUAGAUCUAAAAAAAAGAAAGCUGAGAAAAAGGCAAAGAGAGAGAGCAGUCAUGCAGAUUCUCAAAUCUCCUGUGAAACAACAUCUUCAUCACUAAAGCAUCACCAUGAGGAGGAGGAGGACCGAAGAGAAUCUCUCCGAUACGAGGAACGAUACAGACGAGGGAAUAGCCGAGAUGAAACUUUACUCAAAAGUGAUGAAGCUCAAUUAAAUGAAAAGAAGAAAGCAAAGAAAGAACGACAUACUGAGAGAAUACGGCAUGGGCGGGAAUCGCCCGAACUCAAUCUACACUCAGGCGGGAACAGUGAGGAUAUUGUGAGGAAACACUCAACAAUAUCGUUACAUGCCUCUGAUGACAUCACACCAACCAAUAUGACAUCAUCAUCAGAUUCUCAUAUGACAUCCUCAAUGACAAGUGUAAAAGAAAUAUCUGAUGUGUAAACAAUUAAGACAUCAAAUCUAGAAGAAAACAUUUUGUAAAUCUCUUUAUCAACUUUCUUUUCCUCCUAACAUUAAUAUGAGAACCCCUAUCUCUAUUCUAAAAUAUUUCUUCUCAGUUACUGGGGUUUGGGCCAUAAAUUUCUGUAAAUUGUAGAGUAAUCGUUCCAUAACCAAUUUAAAAAAUGUUUAUUGACACACUUUCGCACUGCCACUGUGAUAAAGUCUCAGUAAGCACUUAGCUACUUUUCAAGUAAGAAACAAAAUCCUAUUGAUCCCAACCUGAUACAGGGAGUUAGUCUUGGGGUUGAAAUCAUGAUUAUUUACCUGGGAUGCGAAUAUAAGUUAUUUAACAUGUGAACAUACCGGUAAGUUAGUCGGUGGGAAUAGAGGUUAAAUCUGCGGUCUUCAAGAUGCAAAGUUAUCCAUUAUGCUCUGCACAAAGUAGCAGACAUGGAAAACAAAUAUCCAACCUGCAUUCUUACACACUCAUUGUUUUUCGACCAGAGUUUUAGGUUCAAAACAGUAAUUGGGGCUCUGAAUUGUGAGUUCUGUAGGUGGAAUUUCCUUUUUGUCGAUUUUGUCAAUACCUAUUCAUGUGAAUGAGUAUGUCCUAUUCAACAACUAUUAAGAAAGAAAACAGAAGUCAUCUUCUUCCAAUUCAAACAGCCAAUCAAAAGUUACAUUGAGUGCUUUUAAUAUUUUUUUCUGCUCCGUUGAUGUUAAUCAUAUUUCAAUUAGCAACGUGGAGCCUCAAUUUGUGAAAAAAUGAAAUUGCAGAAGGGUCAUUCCUUUCAUUUUAUUUUCUGUAAUAAUUUUUUAUUGUCACUUUUGGAGUGUCACAAACCGAAAUAUUCCACUUUCAUAAAUUUAUGGGCGUUUUGGAAUAAUUGUUAGUAGAGAGCGGCCUGUGCUGCUAUAGCUACUAGGCCAUUGCUAUGUUAAACUGGCUGCGUUUUUCUGUUUGUGUAUAUUUGUGUAAAAUUAUGUUGUUUUUCACUAAAAUUAAAUUUCAUUAUGACAUCAUUUCACUCUAAUUAUUUCUUCACAAUAAUAUAUAUUUGUCACUGCACUGCCUGUUUUUCUUCUUUUAUUUACUUUUUUGUUUUCACUUUUCAAAAUUAAAUAAAUUUGAUUCAACUUAA